AUGGGCAAGUAUGACAGGACAAAAGAUGCGGGAGCGUUGGAAAAAGCCAUUAAUCUCCUUGAGAAUGCUCUCCCUCAAACAACGCCUCGGGAUCCAUCCAGAGGAAAGAUCCUUCUAAAGCUUGCAAAUAUGUACCACACCCGGUUCUCCAGCACAAAGGCUAUUGCUGAUCUGGACACAUCGUCUUGGUGGUCAGAAGAAGCCCUUAGGGAAUCCGAAGGUUUGCUGGUAGAACAAACACUUUGCUUGUACCAACUUUCGACAAACUACUUGGACAAGUACCAAAACUCCGAGAAGAAAGAUGUGGCGGAUCUAGACAUGGCCAUUCGACGAGGUGAAGAAGCUCUCUCCAUAACACCGGAUGACUAUGUGCUUCGGGCAAAUUAUCUGUCCUCCAUCUCAAGAGCAUACGGACUCAGAUUCUUUGCGGCACACUCAUGGGAGGAUUGGAAGGAAGCUGUGGCAAAAGCGCAAAAAGCCCUUGACCAUGCUCCAUCUCCUAUGGUUGAUAGGUUGAGACCUUUCCCUGGUUUAUAUCUGCUUUACAGCGGAGCUGGAGAAUGGAUACCUACCUACGAAGCCGCCUGCACUGCCGUAACUCUUAUUUCUCGGCUCACGCCCCGCUUCCUGCAGAACUCGGAUAAGCAACACUUGCUUGCGGAGGUGUGCGCUGGCUUAGCUUCCCAAGCGGCAACGGCGGCAUUAGAGACAAGGAAGUCGCCAUUCGAUGCGAUCAAACUUCUCGAACUUGGACGGGGAGUCAUAUUUAACUCUUUGCAUGAAAUGCGGACCAAUAUCUCCAAUAUCCGGCAGAAACGUCCCAAGUUAGCAGAAAAAUACAUCGAGUAUCGAGACAAGCUUGACGCCCCGACACCCUUGAUGGAAACUGAAUUCAGCGAACGCUAUAUGACGGAUCAGAAGCUUGAGCAAGUAAUACAAGAAAUCAGGAAAGUGCAGGGUUUCGAUCAAUUUCUCUCACCCUUAUCUGAGGAGGAUAUGAUUUCAGCCUCAGCCCCUGGUCCUAUUGUCAUAAUCAAUGUUGAGCACCACCGUUGUGAUGCUUUUAUCAUCCAAAACAAACGGCUCAAGACUUUGCCGCUGCCAUUGCUACGCCGUAGCGAUGUCGAGGUCCUCGGGCAAGAUUUACGUACUUCAGUCGAUCCGGAGUUACUUGAAUGGCUUUGGGAAUCAAUUGCUGAACCAGUCCUUGAUGAGAUAGGCUUCAGAGAAACGCCUUCAGAUGGCUGCUGGCCUCGUAUAUGGUGGAUACCUACCGGGCCCCUGGCCAAAUUUCCCAUCCACGCAGCAGGACGCCAUACCGAUGGAUCAUCCAAUACCGUUCUCGACCGUGCGAUAUCCUCUUACAGCUCUUCUGCAAGGGCGCUAAUUUACAACCGCCGGAGUCAGCCCAAAGUCGGAGAGGAACCGGCACUUGGGCAGAGGAAGGCUAUUCUAGUCUCGAUGCAGGAGACACCGGGUCAGAGAAGCCUCGAAUUUGCGUCACAAGAGAUCGAAGAGCUAAAGACGCUUUGUAGCUCCAUGAAGCUAGAUGUUUGCGUACCUGAACCAACUCGAGAAAGCAUCCUGCCGAUUCUGCGAGACUGCGAGAUAUUCCAUUUUGCUGGCCAUGGACGCGCUCAUCCUUUGGAUCCGGCGAAGAGUGCUUUGAUUCUUCAGGACAGGCCGCUAUCAGUAGAAGAUCUUCUACAGGCCAAUACAAGCAGUCAUUCGGUACCGUUCCUUGCCUAUCUCUCGGCCUGUGGAACGGGGCAAAUCAAGCAUGAAGCCUUGGUGGACGAGGGGCUUCACUUGAUCAGUGCGUGUCAGCUUGCUGGAUUUCAGCACGUCAUUGGGACACUAUGGGAAGUAAGAGACAAGUCUUGUAUCGACGCCGCGACACGGACGUACAAAUGGAUGGAAGAUCAAGAAGUCAGCGAUGAGUCAGUUAGCGAGGGACUUCAUCACGCAGUUAGAAGCCUUCGUGAUGCAUGGCUGGUGGAAAAUACGGCGACAGGAGCAAUCCGGAGGUAUGCAACGCGGUCAGAGAGCACAGCGAGAGGCGCUAACCGAGUGGAUAUUGUUCCGAAUCGCCUACGCCGCACCAUGGAGGGAGAGCCACGCAAUGUAGAGAGUGUUGAGGAUGAGACCUUCACUCCUCUUUCUUGGUGUCCAUACGUUCAUUUUGGUAUAUAG